AUUUAGCGUGGCAAGCAACUCAUGACGUUUGCUGCCAAAACAGUCGGAAAAAGUCUCGCAGUUUUUUGUUGUUUUCUAAAAUAUUACAACAAAAAUCCUUUUUUCUCAUAAAUUGUUCUACAAUUUCUGAAAACUUGUGUCUUCUGGCAUACAUUUUGAAUGACAAGAAGUGCCCCGAAAGAUCCGUGUAAGAUCUCCGCUUGUAGGAUUCAAACGUGUCUUAAAGAGCACAAAUUUGAUGAGACCAGGUGCUAUGACGUCCUCGAAGACAUGCGCCAGUGUUGUCUAAAGUGGCACAAAGUAUCACUCUGCUGUUCCGGAAUCAAACUGGAUCGCAAUUACAGACUAGAGAAGGAAGCUGCAGAACGCGAGAAAUUGGAGAAACAGCACAAGCCAUGAGCCACGAUCCCCGCCGGAAAUUCAUCGUACCGAAACGAAACUGGGCCCAGCGUAAUCCUCGGCUGUUCGUUAGCAUUGUUACAACCACCGCCCUUUUGACCUUCUUCUCCAAACCAUUGUACGACGCAUUCAUCGCAGACGAGCCUCCGGUCAAAAGAGAAUACCGAUCGGUUCGAAUUGGUCCUAAGUAAAAAGAAAUUUAAGGGCAAUGGAAUCCGUUAGAAAGGCCAACCAAAGACUUAAGAACUAUCCUAUCUUACUGGCCAAGUGUUCCGUCGCAGCUGCCGCCUAUGCUACAUGUGUGACCACGGAUUUGAAUGUUUCGCAUAAGUCGUGCGACCAGGAAUUCCGGCAGUUUAAACAGUGCUUACAGAAGGCAGCCAGUGAUAUGAAAACAAAACUAUGAUUGAAGUGGUGUAAUAUGGACCGAUUAAAAUUCUUAGAUACCUAGUGAAUAAACUAAUCCGUUUGGCGCCGGCAAUCGUACUAACAAUUCAUGUAAUCGAAUAAAGUAGUGAAACCUUUUUAAAA